AUGGGGCACUGCCUCAAGACAUUUUUUACCUUUGAGGGGAUCACCUAUGAGCAAAUUAAGGGCACUCCGAUGGGUUCACCAAUCUCCGGACUCAUUGCCGAGGCCGUUCUGCAAAAACUCGAGAAACGACUGUUCGGGGAAUACAAACCCAAGUUUUGGGCGCGCUACGUUGAUGAUACCUUCGUAAUCAUCGAUCAGGAUAAAAUUAGCUACUAUGAAGAACUAUUGAACUCAAUCAUCCCCGACCUACAGUUCACGAUGGAAGAAGAAGAAGUGGAGAGCAAACUUUCAUUUUUGGAUGUUCUCAUCUGCCGCCAACCAGACGGUAAACUGGCGACGUCAGUCUACAGAAAACCGACGAACACGCUGCAAAUGCUCAGUUACAACAGCAACCACCCACUGCAACACAAACGAAGCUGUGUACGCAAACUAUACCGACGGGUGGAAGCUCAUUGCAGCACUCCGGUCGCCAAACUGGACGAGAUGAAGCUUCUGCAAGAACUCUUCAGAGCCAACGGCUAUCCGCGAACAUUCGUUGAACGGAGCCGAAAGCAACCAAGGAAGCGGAAUGAAGAACCUAUUCAGCCAAAAUCGUGGCGGAGCAUUCCAUACAUGCAAGGGGUCUCCGAAGCCGUAGCCAGAUCCCUCGCGCCGCUCAGAAUAGGCGUUGCCCACAGGCCCGACUCAACAAUCCGCCGGCAAGUGAUGCGGCCAAAAGAUCCGAUCCCUAAACAGGAGAUGUCGGCUGUUGUCUACCGACUUCAGUGCAGCUGCGGAAUGUGUAACUACGUUGGGGAAACCGGCCGACGGCUGCAAACGCGCAUGCACGAGCAUAAGUUGGCCGUGCGAAGGUUGGACCCAAAGUCGGAGGUAGCAACCCAUGCCGCCCAAAGGGGACACGUCUUCAACUUUGACGCCGUUGAAAUUGUGGGCCGAGGAGAUGAUCAUACGGCAAGGCAGGUGCAAGAAGCCUGGAUGUCUACCGACUGUUCUGUCAACCGCCACAUCAAUUUACCUCCCCCUUAUCUGGUUUUACGGACAUUCUUGACGGGGGACAGUCACGGCGCGGGACAAUCGGGGCCGCCAAUUAUCACCGCGGCCGACGAAGAUGGGCGGGAUUCAGGUCACGGUGACAUGCGGGUCGGAUGCAGCCACACAGGCGGCACUGAUGGGCCAGGCUUUGAACAAAGUGCGCCAUAA